CGUUCCCAAUCGCUCUGCCAGGGAUAAAUAGCGGCGAGGCGCAGCGUUGGGUCCUCGAAUUCCUCGCCUGCGGAGGGGCCGCUGAGUGUCAGGAGCGGAAGAUGGACCACCCCGAGCAGACCGAGCUGUGCAAAGCCCACUCGCUGGAGGAGCUGAUCCGCAUCCUGCACCAGUUGUUCGCCGGAGACAAAGUCAAUGUGGACGAAGUGCAGACCCUGAUGGAGUCCUACGAGAGCAACCCCGAGGAGUGGAGCCAGUAUGCCCAGUUCGACCAGUUCAGAUACACAAGAAAUCUUGUGGAUAAAGGAAAUGGAAAGUUCAAUCUCAUGAUCCUAUGCUGGGGGGAAGGCCAUGGCAGCAGCAUCCACGAUCACACAGACUCUCAUUGCUUCAUGAAGAUCCUUCAAGGAAAUCUCAAAGAAACAUUAUUUGCGUGGCCAGACAAAAAGGGGGUUGGAGAGAUGCAGAAGAAGUCAGAAAGGGUUUUGAAGGAAAAUCGGUGUGCCUACAUUAAUGACAGCAUUGGCUUGCAUCGAGUGGAGAACCCAAGCCAUACUGAAACAGCUGUUAGUCUCCAUUUGUACAGCCCACCUUUUGCAUCCUGCUAUACUUUUGACCAAAGAACUGGACACAAACAGAAAGUGAAAAUGACCUUCUUUAGCCAAUUUGGAGAAAGAACACCAUAUACAACAUCAGUUUCACAAGAGAACAACUGAGAAGAGCCCAAGAUCUGCAGAACUGUAUUUGUUUGGAACAGAAGAAUUGUACGGUUGGACCAAGUUGUGUCCGAAUAAUUUUUACCUAGGACUACAGUAGGAAAGCUUCGUGGUUACGUAGAUUCCUCUUAUUUCUUGGACACGAAAAGGGGCAAUGUCAUGGACAACUGCGGGAUGGACAUAACAAUAUAAUUGGGGUUCCUUUGCCACCCCUUCUCAGUUCUGCAUUUGAAAGUGUUCACACAAGUCCAGCUUUUAAUAUGACUUUCCUCUUAGCAGCCCCAGCUGUAUGAAUUAUGCCAACCUGAACUAGUAAUGUAAAUGGUUAAACUCUGGUCAACAUUAACUUGAAUUUGUCAAGCUCAAAGAUGGCCAGCCUGUGGACUUCCAGAUAUUGUUGGAUUGCAGCUUCCAUCAGGCCUAACCAGAAUAGCCAAUGGGGAAGAACAAUGGAAAUUGCAGUCCACUAUUAUUCCUCAUUCUCUAGGGUCACAUGUUACCCACUCCAGCCUAGAGCAUAAGCUGCAUCCUGUCAACAGCAUUGUUUUAUCAUGAGUUUAAUUACCUAUUAGAAAUUUUAAAUCAUUGAUGUUUUUUUUUAAUUUCAUGUCAAAGUCUGGAAUAUUUUUUAAAUGGGAACAAUAAUGAACGUCUUGUACAAUGUUGUUUUUGUUCUGGAGAAAACAGUCUGUAAAAAUUGUUAAUGAUGUUCAGUGUGGGGGAAUCAGCAUCUUGUUUUUAAAACCCACCCAACAACUUAAUUAAACCUGAAUUUUGGGCACAAAUGUUAAA